AUGAUCAUCAUCAUUAUCACCAUCAUAAGUAAUGAAUUGUGUUUGUUACUUGUGAUUUUUUUGAACAUUUUAAUUUUCUUUUUAGUUCUCUCAGGUUGUACAAAUGACAGUUCUACAGAUUUCCAAUUAACAGCAAGUGGUUACCAUGUUGAGUCAAAUAUCUCAUGUGUCAGUGUUUGCAAUUCUUAUAAUCCUCCAGUUUUCAUUUAUGCUUUUUUUCUUGAAGGUCAACUCUGUUUCUGCAGAAAUGGUUCACUUCCACCAUUAAACAUAUCUAACUUUAAUAGCCUUUGUAUAAGAAACACAUGUUUGAGUGACACUGCUGCUAAUUGCUUUUUAAGCAACUAUGAAGUUUUACCACUUACAUUAGGUAUUGUUGAGUGGAACAUAACUUUUUAUCCUCCCAUUUUACUUGUGGAUAAUGAAGUUCAAAUAAAAACAAAUAUCUUAAAAGGUGAUGCGUCAAGUGCAUUUGUGAGACCAGUACCAAAUAAAUUUUUAUCAGAUGUUCAAACAGUCAAUCAGAUGACAAUGAAAAAGCAUUUUUAUUUACCUGGUUUGCAGCAGUGGUCACAAGAAGUAGGAAAUAAUUUUACAAACCCUUUUGUUACUACAACAUGGCUUCAAGUUGAUGAAAAAGUUGGUGGCAUUUUUGUCAUUCCAUCCAUGGUUUCAAUUGAUGGUUUUUAUAACUUCUUGUUAGUUAUUACACAAGGAACAAACAUGAAUGUAACUCUUUCACUUCCAAAAAAUAAAACUUUAUUUUUUAAUGCAGAUGUUAUUCAUUUGACAUAUGGACUUGAUAUACCUUUGAUUUAUACCUCCUCUGGACAAACAUGCAGUCUUUCAAGAGGAUUUAUUUUAAAGCAAGUUGUUUUAACAUCUGGUUAUUUUACAAAAGUUAAGUUAAAAGUCUCAGCAGUUGGAGUCUUAGAAAUUGCUAUUUUGCGACCAAUAUGCACCAAUUUUACCAUUUUUUGUUCCUUUACCAUGGAAUGUGCAAAAAAUUGUUUUUUAAUGAAUUUAUUAGAAGAUGAAGUUGUUGUGCUAAAUCCAUCUAUAAUUACAGCGUUGGUCGUAACAAAAUUUUUAUUCUUGUUAAACGUUACUGGAAUUAUUGAGAUACCAAUUCAGAAUAAAAAUAAUGAAAUUCAAGAAAAUGACAUGAUAUGGAUAGGUGGAAAUGCUAGUUUAUUUUGUAAUGGAGUUAUUAAUGAAAAGGUACAAGUUGCAGAGGCUGGAAAAACAAUGACGUUCUCUACUAAUUGCAUUACUAACAAUGAUUUCUUUAUAUCACUUUUAAUAUCGAAUUCAUUUGAGUACUUUAUUCCAACGCAAUCAUACACAACUAGUUUGUUUAAUUUUAGAGUAGAUGCUUCUAAUCAUAUUCCAUCUUUUCAACAGCUAAAUUAUUCAUUUAAGUUUCAGGUUCCUGUUUCUGGUUUGCGGUUUGCUGAACAAUUGCCAGUAUCAAAGUUUGUGGCUGGGUACAAGCCUAAUACAUUGGUAACUUUAAAAGCUGAAAUAGACAGUGGAUCAGAUGUUACAUAUACAUUUAGUAUUCCUAAAAUUAAUUAUUUUAGGAAUGCAUCGAAUGAAAAUCAAUUUAGUCAUGCUUUCACUAAUCUAGGUGUUUACUCAGUGUUUUUGACAGCUGCCAAUACACUUAACUCAAUAAAUACUUCAAUUGAUAUUUCUAUAUUAUCAGAAGUAAGUAGAAUAUAUUUGUAUGUUGAAAAAAAUCAGCUACAAGAUAGGGAAUUUAAUGCAACAAUACAAAUAUUUAAUGGAAGUAAUGUGGAUUUGACAGUUGAUUUUGGUGAUUCAUCACCAGUUAUAAAUAUUACAAGUAUUGAUGCUACUCCGGUUAAUGGUUUUGUUUUCACUGUUGCACAUAAAUAUUCUGUAUGCAAUAACUUUACAAUCAAUGCUAGUGCCAGAUACAUUUUUGCAAACUCUCUUGGAAUUUUAAACACUGCAAUUUUUUUCAAUUCUACAGACUUGACUGUUUUUUGCCCAUUGUCUAGAUUGAAUGUUAUAACAACUCCAAAUGUUUCACUAAAUGGUUAUGUUUAUUUACAUCUUAGCAAAAGUUUAAUUUUGAACAUCAAUCAAAAUUCAGGAUCAUUUAUUUUAUACAAAGUUGUUUGGGGAGAUAGUACUUAUGAGAUUAAAAAUCAAACAAUGAAUUGGAAUCCUGUUUUAUUUCAAGUAGAACAUAUGUAUUAUAAAGAAGGGAAAUACACUGUUAAUGUUACAUCUCAUAACUUAUUGCAGACUUCAUACACCUUGAUUAAGGUAGAAGUGAGGUACUGUUCAGCACCUGAGGUUAGUUUUUUUUAUGGAACUAUUUCCAGUCCAGUGAGCAUCAUUCGAAGUGUUGGUGCAAAUAUUACAGCUGUUGUUGAAAAUAUUAGCAAAGUGUGUCCACUUGAAAAUUACAGUUUUGAAUGGAAUCUUGCAGGUGCUGUUUCAACCUCUACAGUUACUUUUGGUUUUUUAUCUCCACAAAAAGUUACUUACACAAUUGCAAAAAAUUCACUUGAUAUUGGUUUGUAUAAAUUAUCAUUACAGUAUAACUAUGGAGAUGUUUCAAAUGUUUAUGUUGCAUAUUUAAAUGUUACAUUUUCUCCACUUUAUAUGGAAAUUGAUAAUGGAUUUUUUGCUUCUAUAAAAUAUAAAAGGAAUAAUAGAUAUGGCAUUUCCUACCAAAACUUUACAAUAAGUGCUAAGUCAAGUUUUGAUCCAGAUGAUCCUAUUGCAGGAAUAAUAAAUAUCACUUUUAAUUGGAAAUGUAAAGUUGCUUCAAAUUUCUCAGUUGCUCAAGAAGUUAUGGAAAGAUAUAAAACUUUGAACUUGAAUUUUUCUAGUGAUACAUGCUUUAAUCAAAAUUGGAUUAGCAUUUCUUCCUUUACUUCUGAAGUUACUUUUAGCACACAACAGUUUUUAGAAGGUAUCAGUUAUCAUAUUGAAGUUUGUGGUACAAAGUAUGCAGGAAAUAACUUAGAUUCAGUGCAUGUAAAUAAAACAGGGUGUUUUAGCCAACAACUUGAAAUUAUUUCUGGUGACCUUCCAACUAUUUUUGCAAGGUGCAUGUCAAACUGCGAUUCAAAACUUAAUUUUAUGGAGCCAGUAAUUUAUUCAUAUGUAUGUGAAGAUUGUGGUUCUCAAAAGCUAAUAGCAGAAUGGAGGAUAACAGAUGAUACAGGAAAUGUUCCUUCAGAAGUUAUGUCUAAAGGUGCUACAUUAACUGGUUUCUUAACUCCUAGCCUUGUAAUUAAUAAAGAUAUUCUGCUUGAAUCAAAAAACUACACAUUUACAUUAGAUGUUGGUUUUGCUGAUUCAUUAAAACAUGUUAUAUUUAAAUUUACAAAAGCUACAUGCUCUCGUCCAUCUUCAGGAGUUUGUUACAUUUAUCCAACUGAAGGUUUUGCUCUUGAGACAAUUUUUAAACUUUUGUGUAAAGAUUGGAGAGAUUCUGAUGGCUUUUUGAGCUACAAGUUUUCUUAUGAUGACAAUCCAUCACAGCGAUUAAGAUAUAGCAGUUCAUCAAAGGUUGAUUAUCCUCGUAUAAAUAUUGCAUCUACUGAACAACCUAGCCUAAUUAAUUUUAUAAUGGGUCCAGGUUAUGAAAAUAAUGAUUACAAUAUUAGCAUAAUCAUUGAAGUAUGUGGUAAAUACAAUGCGUACACAAAAUAUAAACUUUGGAUUAAGGUACAUCCUAGCAAUAAGCCUAUUAACUUACAAGAACUGGUAAUGGGAGUUAGUUUCAAUGAUGUGCAAGUUAUUACUAAUAUUGUUCAAGCAGUUAGUUCUACUAUUAACAAAAUAGAACCAAGUUACUACAAAAAUAAUGGAUCACCUUUAAAUGAAUUGGAAGAUACUGGCAAUGGAGGUCAAGAAUCUCAUUCACAUUUACGCACAAAAAUGAUUGAUUUGCUCAGCAAAACACCUAUCAACAAUUUAUAUUUUUUUAAGUCCAUAAGUGAUACUUUGACUUUGUUAUCACAUAAACCGAAAGAAUUGGUUCCUCAAUCUCAGAACCAAGCAGCUGAUAUUGUGAAAAAACUAGGCGAUCUUCUUACCAAAGAGAAUCUUAGAGUUGUGGGGCCAAAAAAAUUUGAAACUUUAACUCAACCAUUUGUAAAUUCUAUAUCAAAAUUGUUUGAGGCAAAUACACCAGACACUUCAUCAGAUGAAAUACUUUCCACAACGCAAACAACAACAUCAACAUCAUCAUCAAAUGCAGAGGAAAAUGAAAAUGUUGGAUCUAGGUUGUUUAAAUGUUUGGACAUAUAUUUCAUGACAUUGUUAUCUUACAAAGUUCCAGGUGAAAGUGCAACAACGCAAGAAACAAAGCAGUUUAGUUUUAUAUUAAAAAAAGAUUAUGUAAGCAGCUUAAGCAAUACUUCAAUUGGUUCAUCUGAAGGUGGUUUUAUUCUACCAGACUCAAAAGAUAUGUUUAAUGAUUCUAUAGCAAAUGCAGAAAUCUUAAUUCAAAAUGUCAGAAUGAAAGAUAAUGCCUACACAUGGGAUAGUAAUCGCUCACAAAACAUUCUCUCUGAAACUCAAAGUCUUUCUUUUUCUGAUUCUAAUGGUCGUCCAAUAAAAGUGAGCAACAGCUUACAACCAAUCAACAUUGCUAUACAAAAUAUUCCUGAAAAAAUGAGUGGCAAAAAUAUAUCUUUAUCAAUGCCUAAUGAUAUAUAUCAAGUUAAGCUACCAUUUUUAUCAGAUUGUAACUUGCUCCUAAAUUUUGUAUUUAAAAAUGAUCUAAAUAAUUUAACAAAUCUUAUUGUUUACAUUCAAUAUGGAAAAGUUACAACAAAACUUGAUUUUGAUAUUAUGUUGAAUAUUUCUACUAAUUAUGGUGUUGUUAUGACAAAAAAUAACAUAAGUGUUUUCAAUGCUAUAGUUAAUAAUACUACUCACGAGCAUAGAAAAAAUAUUUCUAGUGUUUUACUUAGAAAUCAAAAUGCUCGUCUUCUUGAUGACGGCACACUAAUAUUGUGGAACUUUUCGAACUCAACGUAUUCUUUCUUAAAUAAAAGUGAAUUGCAUUUAUCAUUUUCAUAUGAGGGGCCAAUACCAGAUGAAAAGCUAGACUUAAAUACAUAUACUUUUGAUGCAGCUGAAUCUUUUGGAACAUUUGACUAUGAAAUGAAAUCAUUUUGUGCUGAAUGUAAUUAUUGGAACGAAGACUCAAACAAAUGGAUGUCUGAUGGAUGCCAGUUUGAUGUUGAAACGUCUACAUUUUUGGUAACAAAAUGUAAAUGCAACCAUUUAACAGCUUUUGGUGGUUUUUUUGUGGCUCCUAAUCCCAUACCAACACCUUCAUUAGCAAUGUUAAAACAUGGUUAUGUUCUUCUUGUUACUGUUGGAGUUAUUAUUUUGCUUUGGAUACUUGGAUUAAUAUUUGCUCGCAAAAUGGAUAAUAAAGAUAUUUCCAAGGUUGGUGUUUGUCCACUUCUUGAUAACCAAAUUGGUGAAUCUUAUCUAUAUCAAAUAAUAGUAAAUACUGGAAGCCAAAGAAAUGCUGGGACCAAAUCUAACAUCUUUUUGACUGUAUUUGGUGAAAACAGUGACAGUGGAGUUAGGCGUUUGAAAGAUUCUGAAAGGCAAUGUUUUCAAAGAUCAAGCUGUGAUGUAUUUAUAAUGACUACACAGAGUUCAUUUGGUGACAUUGAUUUUAUACGGCUGUGGCAUGAUAAUAGUGGUGGAGGUUGGUACUUAAAUAACAUUAUUAUAACUGAUCUUCAAACUGACAAGCAGUUUCUUUUUAUUGGUCAUCGUUGGAUUGCUGUUGAUCGUGGCUUAUGUACUUUAGAUUGUGUUAUACCAACAGCAUCAGCUGAAGAGACUUCAGAUUUUAAAUAUAUUUUCACAACUAAAACAAGUCAUGAUCUUUCAGACAAACAUUUAUGGUUUUCAAUAUUUGCUCGUCCACCUAAAAGUAAUUUUACCAGAUGCCAAAGGUUGUCUGUUGCGGUAUCUUUGUUAAUGACUUCUAUGAUGGCAAGUACAUUAUUUUAUGGGCGAAUUCCACCAGCAGAUCCAUCAGUUGAAAACAAGAUUGGUAGCUUUUCAUUCACAUGGACCCAGGUUUAUGUAGCUUUAAUUAGUACAUGUAUCACCAUACCUGUAAAUAUUGUUCUUGUUCAAUUGUUUCGAACUAUAAAACCAUUUGAAAAUAUAAUAAAAGAAAAUUCAAAUGAAGUCCAACAUUGGAAUGAAGCUGAUGAAUUGCAAGAAAAAAAUUCUUGUUCUUCGGAGUUUAUUAACAGCAACAAUGAGAAAACAACAACAAUUCUCAUUGAAAAAGACAAACCAUCUCUAUUAAAAGAAGAGAAAAAAAAGUAUCUACCUCCAUGGUGUUUGUACAUAGCAUGGUUUAUCUGUGUUAGCAGCAUUUUUGGUUGUGGUUUCAUUAUUUUGUUAAAUGGAAUGGCUUUUGGAAAUAGAAAAUCUUUAAAUUGGCUAUCUAGUGUAUCUAUUGGAUUUGUGAAAGACAUAUUCUUUAUUCAACCAAUAAAAAUUUUCUUUUUGUCAAUUUUUGUGGCUCUUAUAGUAAAAAAAAUUGAAGAAGAAUCAUGUGAAGUGGAAAUACAAGGUAAGAUGUUAGCUCAUGAUGAAAGUUGGCUCCAUAAACCAAAAAAUAAAGCAACAAUUUUUGAUCGAGUUGAUAUUGAGUUUAAACCACCUGAUUGUACUACAAUAUUAAAGAUGCGAGAGAUGGGAUUUAAGAACAUGAAGAUGUACUCAAUAAUUCAAGAAAUUGUUUUGUACUUUUUUUAUGCAAUAUUGGUGUUUUUCAUUGGCUAUAUGACACGUGAGGAUUUUGCUUUUUAUCAAACUCGCAAUGUUGAAGAACUUUUUAAUUUACGAUUGAGGCAUGGAGUAUCAUAUCCUGAUGGUACAGUUUUUAACCAGAUUCAAUCAUCAAAAGAUUUUUGGCCAUGGAUGGAAAAGCUUUUCUUACCACAAAUUUACCCUGACCCUUGGUAUAAUUUGAGUGCUUUUUAUGGGAAUUCAGAAACUAAAAAUUUUCCUGGAAAACUGUUUUUAAAUGAUCUUAACUCAAAGAUUGUGAACGGAAUAAGAAUUCGACAAGUUCGUGUGCUGCCAAAUUCCUGCAUUAAAGCUGAAUCGAUUGUUGGUUAUUUGGAACUUGAUUGUUUGUCCCCAUAUAAAUCUAUAGUUGAAGAAAAACGAGAUUUUUAUUUUAACUGGUCACUUCCAAUAAAAUACAAAUCUGCUAUCAAUCCAUCAACAAUGCCUUGGAGAUAUCAAACUUGGAAAGAUCUUGAUGGGUACCCAUAUGCAGCAGAUUUGAAUACUUAUUAUGGUGGGGGUUAUGUCAUAGAGUUUUUUCCAAAGUGGAAAAACCAAUACACACUAGAUAAAGCAAAAAAUCAUAAGUGGAUUGAUAGACAAACACGAGCUAUAAUAAUUGAGUUCGCUUUGUUUAAUCCUGCUACAAAUUACUUUAGCAUGGUCACAAUGGUUUUAGAAUUUCUUGCUUCUGGUGGAGUUUUGCCUGAUUUCUCUGUACAUACAUUUAAGCUAUAUUCUUCAACAAAAGGAACUGGCGUUGCUAUGUUGGGUUCACAAAUUUUGUUUAUUAUAAUGAUGCUGUUGUUUUCUAUUCGCGAAUGUCGUUUUUUAUAUCGAACUGGUUGGAGGUACUUUCUUGAGUUUUGGAAUUUAGUAGAGGUUGCUUUAAUACUUUUAUCCGUUGUUGCUGUUGGAUUUUUCUUUUAUAAAAAUCAUUUGGCCAAAGUGUUAUUACAAAGAAUGCCGGCUAAAAAACCACAAUCAUUUAUCAACUUUCAAUUUGCAUCUUACUGGGAUUUAACAUAUUUGUACAUUGUAUCACUCAUUGUUUUUUUUGUAACUUUGAAGUUCAUCAAGCUUUUGCGAUUUAAUCGUCGUGUUUCAAUGCUUUCUUCAACAUUAAAAGCUGCAUGGUAUCCUUUGUCAAUGUUUGGAAUUAUAUUCUUAAUUGUUCUAUGUUCAGUUAUAUCUUCUGCUAGCAUUGUGUUUGGUAUGCUGUUAGAAGGAUAUCAGAACUACUUUAAAACUAUUGCAUCAAUAAUUUCAUUAUUAUUGGGAAAAUUCAGUUAUAGUCAAUUUGAAAAUGCUAACUCUGUUCUUGGUCCAGUUUUCUUUUUUGGUUUUAAUGUCAUGGUAAAUUGGAUAAUUAUGAACAUGUUUUUAUCUAUUCUUAAUGAUGUUUUUGCAGUAGUCUGUACAAACAUUGAAUACCAAAAUAAUGAUUAUGAGAUGGUCGAUUUUGUUAUGGAGCAUUUUAAAGAUUGGUUCGGAUGGCAUUCUUCCAAAGAAACGGAACUUAAGUUGGCUAUUGACACAAAGGUGUUUGAUGCUGAUAAAAAUAAUCUACUACCUGUUCAUUACAAAGAAAAGUCAAAUUAUAGAAAAAAUAAAGUAAAAGUUAACUUCAACAAAGUGAAUAAUAAAAGGUAUUUUGAUUUAAAAAUUCUGCUCGACGAGAAAUUAUCUAAGUUACGUGAUUAUUUGGAAGAAAACGAACUUGACAUUAAAGCAGACGAAACCCUUUAUAAGUUUAUCAAUUGCAUUAACCUCCUCUCAUUUGAUGGCACCGAAGAAGUAAAUUUGAAUGAACCUGUAACCAUGGAAGUUAAAAAUUAGGAAAAUAAUGGCGAUCACUUAAGUGCAAAUAAUAAAGAAAUUUUUUUUUGAUUUCUUAUAAAGUUGAUAUUUUGUUUAAUGCAAUAUCUUAAAAGGAACUGACGAUAUAGGAAAAAUCAAUUGAGAUUUGUAGAAUAGAAUAAUUGAGCAUGCAAUUAAACUUGAAUAAUUUGAAGAAGGAACUUAAGUUAUAAAUGUAAUAAAUUACAAGUAGUUAUAAAUAAUAUAUGUUUGCUAUUCUUUUGAAA